CUUUCCUGUUCGGUACAAUAAGGUACCACUUUCUUGUUGAGAAUUACUCCAUAUUGUAUUCCUUUCAGACUCAUCUAAAACCUGUUGAGACUUUUUUACACGAUCGCAUGGCGUUGAUUAUUUAAUUCAUAUCAAUGUGUGAUGUCACGGAAGACUUUCACCGGAUCUUAUCUUUUCCUUAUAACUCAUUUGGAGCAUUUCGUCGUGAUCUAAUCAGAUUCCAGCAUGUCACCGCCACUUGCUAUGCCAUUCGUUCAUCAUUAUCCGCAUCAAACUAUCAGAGGAUUACAGGAAAAGUACUGCCCCCAGGAUUCCCUUAUCGAUGGGUUCAGUAUAAGUGUGUGCACAGUCGCACAAGGUGUAAAGCUGUCAGGAAUGCUGAUUAUGGCUGUGAAUCCCAGUUCACGGUGACCGUACGGAAAAAAAUGUUGCAUUUGGUUCGAAGCCAUUUUCUCCAUUCUCAUUCGUUCCAAGAAGGCAAACCUUGGUUGUAUGCCAGCAACCGGCGAUUGUCUCCAGAACAACACCAACUUGUUUGCUCCAUGAUGCAUACUUUUCAGACUUGCGACCAAUUACGCAGCUUCAUCCUGGACAGUUUUGGUCUACAUUUGAACCGAUUUGAUCUGCGCCGUUUACGCCUUGCUAGUGGGCAACAGAAACAGUCCGCUGGAUUUCUCAAGUCUGAUAAUUCAUACGGAGAGGGACCGUCUAUGGAUGCUAACCACGAUUUUCCGCAUUCGGCGCUGGAAACUUCGAAACCCGAAGACAAUGGCACAAGUCGGCUGACCGCGGAUGGAACAGGUGAGGUGAAUCGAGCGGAGUGUGCACAAAAUCUUGCAGACGACUUGGUUAAAGUGUUAGCGGAUAUGGAUGAGUCAGACUUUUGGCGACAACUUAUCAGACUCCACCAUGUAGUUGAUGUUCUGGCCAUGGAUCCGGGCGUUGAGAUUGAGUGUCGCUCCGAAAACAAUCUGUUUCUGGACAUGCAGACCGACCCUUCGCUAUUCGGUGACUCUAUGCUUGACCCAGAUGUUACUAGUCCAGAGACCCCUCAUUGAAAAAUUCCCUGCUUUUCUUAUUUUUCCCUGUAAAUAAUACACUACUGUGAAC